AUGGCUUCUGCGAUUUGCAGGGACAGGUGCCUGGAACAAGAGCACGAACACUGUAACUCCCAGCACAUUGCACGGUGUUAUGAUGUAGGGUUGCUCAUUGCACAAGAGCCAAGAAUACUUUAUCAAAAGCCAAAGUGUUCUAAGUCAGAAAAAAUAGAAGAUGCUUUAUUAUUGGAAUGCCCACUGGGGGAAAUGCUACCAAAUGCAUCAGACUAUAAACCUGCCCUUAUAGUCUUAACAGUGCAGAACUGGCUUCUACGUCUCUCUGCUGACUGUGGGGAAAUACUGGAAAAAGUGUACCUUGUGGGUUCCUGCUGCAAGUUCAGGCACCUAAGUUGGGAUACUCCUCAAGAAGUAAUGGUUGUGAAGUCAGCUCAGAAUAAACUCCCUGCAGCAGCACGGCAGGCAGGUAUCCAACAGUCUGUACGGUUCCAUCUUGCUGUCUUCCAAGUCUUGCCUCUGUCAUUUAUUGGAAUGCUAGAAAUAAACAAAAAGGUAUUUGGUAACAAUGUAACAGACGUUGCUAUUUCUAAUGGAAUCCUGAUUGGAAUGUAUAGCAUGGGUUUGGUCAGGCUCUAUAACUUCCAGGCUAUCUCUGAACAGCCGGACAUUCAUCUCUACUGGUACCUCUAA